AUGGCGAUUGUGCAAGUUAAUGCUAAAGCAAGGAAUCUGCUUUAUAAUGCUAUAAGUGAUGAGGAAUAUGAGAAAAUCUUCAGUUGUGAUACAGCCAAAGAGAUGUGGGAUAAACUUGAAGUCACUUAUGAAGGAACCAGUAAAGUGAAAGAAACCCAUAUCAACAUGUUGGUUCAUGACUACGAACUUUUCCAGAUUGAAGAAGGAGAAUCUAUUGAAGAAAUGUUUGCCAGAUUUAGCAAAAUCUUCAGUGAUCUAAAAGCUUUUGGCAAACCCGACUCAAGUGCUUUUGAGAAAACUCAUCUCAAAAAAACAAACCAAGAAGAGAAGAAGAAAAUAAUUGCUUUCAAGGCUACAACUGAAAGAACAGACAAUGAUAUUGAUGACGACCCUGAAGCUCUUCAAGAAGAAAUUGCCAUGGUAUCAAGGAACAUGGAUGGUUUAAUGAGGAGAUACGGGAAUACAAAAAGAGGCAGAAUACCACCCACGCGAACUAGGCAAUACAAUGAACAAGACAAAAAUGAUGGCAAAUACUAUGAAUGUGGAAGAUUUGGGCAUGUUCAAGUUGAAUGUCAUGAGCUUAAAAGAAAGGUCUCCAGAGGGUUUAACAAGAACAAAUUAUUUGGAAGCUGGAGUGAUGAAGACAGUUCUAAACAUGAAGAGAUAGCAAAUCUAUGCUUCAUGAUAAUUUUGGAAAACGACAUGAACAAGCUCUUAGGGUGCUGGACAGAUGGGGACAUCUCAAAUGAUGAUUGUAAAGAUGACAACGAGAAUUAUUUCAUGGCACGAGGUGAAACAAGCGAGGUAAGACCUUUUAACUGUGAAAGAUGUAAUGAAUUGCACGAUAUUCUUGACCUUACUUUGGAAGAGUCUCAAAAGAUGAUGAAUGAAAUAAAGAGACUCAACAGAGAAAUAAAAGAUUGGAAACUCAAGCUUAAAGUAUGCGAAAUUGAAAAAGAAGUACUUCAAGAUGAAGUUGAUGAAUUGCAAAUGCAACUCAAUGGCAUGCGCAAAUCUACCAGUCAUAGUUUUGUAAAGUCGAACCAGGUGACUUACAAGUCAAUUGGAAAAGGACCAGCCAGAACAGAGUCCACUAGUACUGACACAAAUGGGAGAACCAAAAAUGGAUCAAGUCCUACGUGUCACUACUGUAAUAAAAAUGUACACAGAUAUUCUUUUUGUCGAUUUCGUAAGUCAAAUGUCUCAGGAUGGAUUUGA